UUAUCAUUCUGAAAGAAAUGGGCUAUAUAUUGGCAAAGGAAAAGCAAUGUUGUCAAGGUCUAGAAUCUUCCGUGUGCAGCAAGGGGUUGUUGUGGAUAUGUGUGAAAGAGUAUUCAAACUCCCUUCAUUUUAUGGGAUUAAAAGCAGGUAUGAAAAAACAGAAAUACGACAAGAUCAGUGAAAAGAAGAUGCUUACUCCCAUAGAGCAACCAAGUGGGAAACCAGUUCUAAAUCCUAGGCCAUCUGCAAAGAGAAUAGAGAGACCUUCAGGUUUGUUCUUUUUUUUUCUUGGAAACAUCCACCCUCGCUACCCUAGUGGAUAUUGUUUGCACAUGUUUAUAAACUCUAUUAUGUGGUCAGGGAAUUUUUGAGCCUUUUUCUACUUAUUUAAUGUUGAAGUUAAACUAAUUGCUCAUUGUUUUAUGGUACUUUUAAGUUCCCCUUUUUCUCUAUUUCUCCUUUUCUAUUUUUCUGCUGAAAGUGAUAUGUUUGAUAACAUAAAAAAAUCAGAUUUCUUCAGGUAUUUCUGUGCUGAAACAAUCAUUUGUUGUUGUUGUUGUAACUCUAGUGAAACAUUAUACUAUAUUUAUAUAUAUACACACAAUUCAUACUUUCAUGUAUAUUAAUCUC